UCCUAAAAUUACAAUUUCUGAGACAGAAUUUGAUGAUUUUUACUGUAUGAACACUGAAUAUCACGUGUGCUGCAUUCAGGGCACUUAUAAAAGUUUGGAAAUCAUAUAGCAAGCAAAGAAUUCCCCUGAUACCUCCGAUAUUCAGGGACAUUCUGAAGAUGAUAUAGUAAGUCAUUAGAAUAAAUUAGAAUUAGAAUAAAAACUUUAUUAAUCCCUUCGGUACAAGACCUCAGGGAAAUUGCAAACUUUUUCAAAAAAAAUUUAAUAAUGUACAAUAAAUAUAUAUUAUAAUAUAUAAAUACAUAUAAUGAAGUCAUGCAUUGAAUAAUAAUUAAUGAAGAUACAUGACAGUGUAUUUAAACUGAUUUGACGUUUUAUAAAGUGAGUAAGGACUCGUGGACUUUAGUUUCCUGCUUAGUUUUGCACUCUUAAUGUGACCAUGAAUACACUAGUACAAAUGUGGCUUUGAGCCAUACAGCAAAGCAAAUGCAAAAGUAUCAGCCAUAAUUCACAAGUGGCGUAUUCCUAUUUUGCUAUGGUGGUCUUACUUUUGAAAUUGAUUUUGAUCUCUUUCGUAUCUCACACUAAACCUCUUUUCUCCGAGGGUUGUGAAAGCAUCCCUAUUCUUAACAUUGUGAUAAAUGGGCUUCAAUGUAUUCCAACGGGGCGCCCCUCCUGGCCAAUCAGGGUGUCUGCAGCAGCUUCGACACCACCCCCCAGCGGCCGCACAGGCGCACUGAGCUCCCAACUGCCAUUUUGUGGCAGAAGCUACUCUGCUAAAGCGGGAGAGGGAUUAAAACAAACUGGGAAGAAGCCUGCAUUUUUUACUAGCCGCUCAAACUUUGUAGCACAGACUCUGUGCUUUCCGUCGAGUUAAACGGGAGGAGAAACACACUAAAAUAGGUUCACAGUAAGGUAGCUGCUUGGAGCCUCAGUUCCUACCCAGCAUGGACGGUGGGCCUUCAGAGGGUGUAGGGGUCGUGGACGUCCCCACCAAAGACUUCCCGUCUAUCCAGGCCGUUCACAGCCAGGAUGCUAUGGUAGCUGACCUCCUUCAGCAAGCGGCAGAAGCCGGAGGUGUGGUUGAAGGACAAGCUGGAGUUGUCUUGGAACAAGGUCAUGGGGAAGGGAUGGUAGCAGCUGCCCAGUCCCAGCAGCAGCUGAUGGAAGCUGGAGUGGAGGUUGGUGUGGAAGGUGGAGCAGGAGUUGAAAUGAUGGUUAUGGACUCACUGGAUCCCACUCUGUUGCAGAUGAAGACUGAGGUGAUUGAUGCUGCAGUGGGGGGGUCAUCAACUACAGUGGGUGUCGUUGGAGGAGUAGCAGGUGCUGCCCACCAAGCCACUGUGACAACAGUGGACCAGACACAAAUCAUCACCCUACAGGUGGUAAACAUGGAGGAGCAGGCAGCUUUGGGCCUAGGAGAGCUCCAGCUGGUCCAGGUCCCUGUUUCAGCCACCACUGUUGAGGCCCUGCAGCAAGGCACUUUUGUAGACACAACUGCAAUGCCAAAGGAUGGAGACCCAGUCAUCUGUCACACCCUGCCACUGCCUGAGGGCUUUCAGGUAGUCAAGGUUGGUGCUAAUGGGGAAGUGGAGACAGUAGAGCAGGAGGAGGGAGCAGAAGCUCAUCCUGAAGAAGAGGAAGAUGAGGAGGUGGGGAACCAGUUACUGGAAGAAGGGGAAGAUGAGCCCAUUCAGCCUCCAAAUGAUGACCCGAACUGGGCUAAAGACCCAGACUAUCAGCCUCCAUCUGGAGUUGUUAAGAAGACAAAAAAGGGUAAAAAGAGUCGUCUGCGGUAUGCUGAAGGAGACAAAGAUAUGGAUGUCAGUGUCUACGACUUUGAAGAGGAACAGCAGGAGGGCCUUCUGUCUGAGGUCAAUGCUGAGAAAGUGGUUGGCAACAUGAAACCACCCAAACCAACAAAGAUCAAGAAGAAAGGAGUAAAGAAGACGUUUCAAUGUGAGCUGUGUAGCUACACAUGCCCUCGCCGCUCCAACCUGGAUAGGCACAUGAAGAGCCACACCGACGAGAGACCUCACAAAUGUCACUUGUGUGGAAGAGCCUUUAGGACGGUCACCCUGCUAAGAAAUCAUCUCAACACACACACAGGAACUCGUCCACACAAGUGCACAGACUGUGAUAUGGCUUUCGUGACGAGUGGAGAGCUGGUUCGUCAUCGUCGAUACAAACACACGCACGAGAAACCCUUCAAGUGCUCUAUGUGUGACUAUGCCAGUGUUGAGGUGAGCAAACUCAAACGUCACAUCCGUUCCCACACUGGCGAGCGUCCAUUCCAGUGCAGUCUUUGCAGCUACGCUAGCAGAGACACAUAUAAGCUAAAGAGACACAUGAGGACACACUCAGGAGAAAAACCGUAUGAGUGCUACAUCUGCCAUGCCCGAUUCACCCAGAGCGGAACAAUGAAGAUGCACAUUUUGCAGAAACACACUGAGAAUGUGGCCAAGUUCCACUGUCCACACUGUGACACUGUCAUUGCACGCAAGAGUGACUUGGGUGUCCAUCUUCGCAAACAGCACUCAUUCAUUGAGACAGGAAAGAAGUGUCGUUACUGUGACGCCGUUUUUCACGAGCGCUAUGCUCUGAUCCAGCAUCAGAAGUCUCAUAAGAAUGAAAAGAGGUUCAAAUGCGACAUGUGCGACUACUGCUGUCGCCAGGAGCGACAUAUGGUAAUGCACCGUCGAACCCACACUGGAGAGAAACCUUAUGCCUGCAGUCAGUGUGAAAAGACCUUCAGACAGAAGCAGCUCCUAGACAUGCACUUCAAACGCUACCAUGACCCCAACUUUGUCCCCACUGCCUUUGUGUGCCCCAAGUGUAGCAAGACCUUCACUCGCAGAAACACCAUGGCUCGCCAUGCUGAAAACUGCAGCGGUGAGAUGGAGGAUGCUGAGAAUGGAGCUCCAACCCCAAAGAAAGGGAGGAGAGGAAGAAAGAGGAAGAUGAGGAGCCGAAGAGACGAGGAUGAUAGUGAGGAGGAUAACGUUGAACAGGACUUGGAGGAGGAGGGUGAGGGUGAGGAAGAUGCGUCACUGCUACAGGAAGAAGAAGAGCCAGAAAGUAUGGAACUGGACCAGGCCCCUGCUGCCAUUCCAGUACCAGCUCCUGAUGAGCCACCAGUCAAGAGAAAACGAGGCCGACCCCCCAAAAAUGCCCCAAAGCCUCCAACACCCAGCAAAUCAGUCAGAGUGGCUGCCAAAACAACUGCUUCUGCUGCUGCCAUCAUUCAGGUGGAGGAUGAAAGCACCGGAGCAGUGGAGAACAUCAUAGUGAAGAAGGAGGAGGGUGAUGCCUCUGCAGCAGCCCCUCUGGAACAGGGAGUGGCCCUGACUGUGGAGGGAGUGGGGCUAGAUGACGAAGGGGUGGAGACUGUUGAGCUGGCUGUGAAUGAUGAAACGGCGGCAGCUGCUGCUAACGGAGAUCUCACACCGGAGAUGAUCCUCAGCAUGAUGGACCGGUGAACACAACACACAGCAUCACACAUGUAGCUGGACUAAGAAAAAUUUGCAAAUACACAUUAUUAUUUCUACAUACUUGGCCUUCACCUGAUGUUCAAUCUGUGUGUUUAGUGGCGGCCAUUUUGCCUCAAAAGAAAUGGCUUCAAAAAUGGUGACAGCAUUAACAGCCAUGCACAAAGAAUUGAAGCUGCAUGUAGAUACUUAUACACAUACACACACACACACACACACACACACACACAAGUAGAUGCUUGUCUUCACGUUCAUGUACAUCAGCCUGCAUACUGAUGUUUGUGAGUCUCUCACGCACACGCAAAAUACAAGAUCCUGCAGCACACACUUGUGUCAUCUGUCUCAUCAUAAUCAGAUAUCGUCCAAGACUGCUCUAUGCUCUUAAAUCUGUUUUUUUUCCAGUCCGAAUGUCUUCUGAAUGAGUAUGUAUGUACUUCGCUAUAUGUUCCUCCCCAAAGCCACAUCCUGUGUCAGUCUCUACCCACACGUUUGGCCGGAAACCUUCCUCUCCCUGUCGCUCUGCCAUAUGAAGACAUUUUUAAUGUAACUUAGAUUCAUUCUGAUUUUUUUAUGCUGGCCUGCUUGCUGUUCUUGCAAUUAUGCCCCUCCUUGCCUUGGCCCAUGUAAACUCAUGGUCCACUCGGUGGUGUUUUUAUUCAGCUGUUUGUACGUUAAGCCUUUUAUAGGAGAAAGUCAGCAGAGGGUUUCUUUAUACACAGGGAUGCAUUCAAAUCAAUUGAAGUCAGUAAUAACAGUUUUUCAGCUUUCUUAGUUCAUCUGUUUGACAUCCAGACUGCCAGCAGCCAAUCUUGUUCUGAGCAAAAACUAACUCGCUGAAACUGUAAAUUAAGUAGUUAAAUAAGCUGCUAAAUUUGUUUUCCAGCACCAACAUAGUUUGACUUGAUAUUAUACUUUGACUUUUUUCUGUUUUCUCUACCUAUCAUUGAUGCAAUAUGUUUGGGAUCCCUCCUCUUCCUAUUUCACAUUUUAAAAGAGAAUGUAGACAUUAUACUUCACAUAAAUGAAUGGGCCCUAAUGGUUGGAGACAGUAGGUAAUCCUGAUUGGAAAAAGGCGUUUCUAUAGUUGUGAUUUUUGAACAUUCCAAACACUUAAGUCAGUAUGGAAUUAUGACUAUGCAUGCGUACCAUUUCAAUUAGUUUUGCCACGUAAAACACUUACUUCAUAUUUGAUUUUAAAUAUUUUCCUGUCAACAGUUAUCAAAGACCCGACUGAAUCAAGUGCGUCACUCAAACACCCCCUACAAUAAUCAGUAGUAGCCAACUGUGGCAGGUGGUUUGCAUGUAAAUACACAUUUUAAUCCCUUGGCUUUUUGAUUUUUGUGAACCUUUUUAAUGUUUUUAAAUAGCUGAUUUGGAGACAUUUUUGUUAAAAGAGGCGUCAAUGUUUUAAUUUAUUUAGUAAAUAUGGUCUUGCCAAUCUUGGUACACGAUGUCCUGAGCCUGUGAAGUUGAUUUGUAAAGCAACAUCGUUGUGCUUUCCUUCUACAGAUCAAUCCUACCUAACCGAACAAACUGAAGUGAACUCAUUUUUAACCACUAUCCCUUUUCUGUCCAUGUUCUGUUGUUUAUAGCCAUAGUCUGCUUUGAUGCUAUUUGACAGAUUUUAUUUCUGGGGUUUUCUAGUUGCUACUGUGUUUGUAUGCAGUUGAUUGAGUUCAAUGUCUCCUUCUAGGUGUUAGGCUAGUUUACCUAAAAAGGAACAAGAGGUUUUUGAGUAUCUGUUUGGCACCAAUGUUAAAACAUUUUUUUUUUCUUUUGACAAGUUUUAUCCUUAUUUUUCAAGAAUUGUGGUUUUUGGAAGCCUUGUAUUUUCUUUAAUGUGUGACUUAAUAGGGUUUUUCCGUCAGCCUGGGUUGGUCCCUGUCCGUUGCGCUCUGCUGUGCAAGAUAUGAUUGCAUGCAUUUCCCAUCCGGCCUCACAGCAGGGCAUCGCUGCACUGCUGUGGUUCUGCUCAGUGACGGGGCUGAGCAUGGCCAGCCUGUGUCAUUCUCCUCCCCUCUCUGAGUAUAAGCUGCUUUGAAAAGUCUCUCUGUGUUCUGCUCUGUGAACGUUUAUAGUUUUACCCCAAUAUCUGUGGUCUGGAGUUUAGUUUUGCUCCUGUGUCCUUGUUUCUACAUUCACAUAUCAGCCUUAUUUUACUGUUUAUUGAUGGCUUUUGGCCAUUUGAAAGCUGCGUGAAGCUACUGCUAAUGCUAACUGUCGUUUUACUUUAGAAACGUUCCACUGGAGAAGCUACAGGAAAUGCACUGUGUUUAUUACAGAGUUGGCAGAACUUCAUUAGGGCCUCCACUAGGCUGCACUACCUGUCUGUGCAGCACAGUGGACAGGCCCUGAGCCUGAGCCAUUCAAGGCUUAGGACAGCGAAACCCACCACAGUGGAAAAACCCUAUUAAGCAAUCACGAGGGCCAUUCUGCACUAUUGUCAGCCCUGGACUGAGGCCUUGCAGGUCGUGCAGUUUGACAGGACCUGAGUUUUCAGUCAUUGUCUGUCUGCAGGAUAUGUCUUUACCCUAACCCAGGCCAUAUUCCGGGAAUCUUUAUGGUCCAAAUCUCAACAAAUAAUAUAGUUUGAGUCUUUUGAAGAUGUUAAUAGACAAGGGGUUAAAGCUCUGAUGUGAGCUGAUUUCUCUGUAACAGUUAAAUCACAGGUUAUGACAGCUGUUAGGUGACCUUGCUUUUGUUACAGCAAGACCUGUUACUGUUAGAUGGAACCAUCACUUCUGUAAUAUAACAGCAGUCAGAUGCCCAGUGCUGUAAAAACCAAUCAAUGAUGUGACUGUCCUGCUGUGGUCUGAGAACUCCUUCUGUAAAACAAGAACAAUGUUCAUUAUCAACCUGUCAUAUUAUUGUUCUGCAGGUGGCUGGUUGGAAGAUGGAUGUUAGACUAUUCUAAUCGCUACAGCAUUGUUUUUUCUUCUACAUAUUGCCUCUCUGUUUUGGAAGAAGAAUAGAGGAAACUGGUUUCAGAUAGUUUUAAGCACAUCCCUGUUUUAAGACCAAGAAAACAGAAGAAACCAUUGUCAUGUCAUUUUUGAAGAUGAGACACUGUACAGCUGAUGGAAAAAUAAAAUCAUCUUAAUGUA